AAGGUUGUGUGCAAUCGUGUCUAACAAGGUCGAAAUCGAACGUGAUCAGGAUGAAGAUCAAGAUCAGAAUAAAACAAAGAAUGGUAGCCGCUACUUCAACCAUCCCGAAAUGAUCACAACUCAACCUCAAGGAAGCGUAAGCGAAUGCUCGAGCGAUAAAAAGUUUUAGAUCUGGUACGUUCCGGAGAUCAGGCCGCGUGGUGCUGAAGAAAAUUUAAAGAUUUAGAAGGUCAAGCAUACAGAAUUUGGAGAAGAUCAAGAAUUUAAAAACUGAAGAAUUGUGUUGCUGAGAUCAUGGCCAUGCCGUCGAUCCGUUUUGAACGCACGUCGCGCUACGUCUGCAAAAUAUCAAAUCUCGCAAAUUGAUUAUCUCAACAGGGACACUCUGGGAAUUCUCGUUCGAGGAUUUGGAGUUUAGUUGUAGUCGCAUAGGCACAUCACACCACACACAAAAUCACAAAAAAUGUCCUUCCAGAAAGAAGUGAUCAUUGAUGGCCGCGGCCACUUGAAGGGGCGCUUGGCUUCCAUCGUUGCCAAGGAACUGCUGAACGGGCAGAAGGUCACCGUCGUCCGUUGCGAGGAGAUCAACAUUUCCAACACUCUGUACCGCCAGCAGCUCAAGUACCAGGCCUUCAAGCGCCUGACCAACAACGUCAACCCGAAGCACGGACCCUUCCACCAGCGUGCCCCGUCCAAGAUGUUCUGGCGCGUGGUUCGCGGUAUGGUCCCGCACAAGACCGCCCGCGGCGCCGCUGCCCUGGACCGCCUGAAAGUCUUCGAUGGUACUAGAAAUCAAAAUAAAGCAUCGGACUUUCAAAUUAGUGGCUGUAAUCCAAUGACUCUUGAAGAUCAUCCGUGUACUUUUACUUUCGUGUCUGGUUGCGAGGCAUGAAGAAAUUCCAGAUAGUGGUUGGUGUUUGCAUUCACGAGACGAGCGCACUGUGUCUAUUGCUGAAACUGGAAGAGAGCGAGAGCAACGUGAUAACUACGCCUUUCAAAUUCAAUCUAAAUGCAACUUCAGGUAUGCCGCACCCGUACGACAUGAAGAAGAAGCAGGUGUGCCCGCAGGCCUUGAAGGUCCUCCGCAUCAAGCCGUACCGCAAGAGCUGCCGUCUGGGCGACCUGUCCAAGCGCUUCGGUUGGAAGUGCACCGACCUCAUCAAGAAGUUGGAAGAUCAGCGCCGCACCCGCGCUGCCUCCUUCUUCUCCAAGAAGCUGAAGGUCAUCAAGAGCAAGAAGACUGGUACAACCUGUUUUUUUGUAUUGAAUUCGUAUUUUUAGGGGCGAGCGGAAUGCUUUGUCGCAGAUGUUGAGAUUUGUUCCUUUCUCGGGGGAGUGAGGAAGAGUGUGAUUGCGCUUGCUCAAAAAUGUCUGAUUUAACACAAUGAAUCAACUUUAAUCACAACAGCCAUCAAGGCCGCCAAGGGAAAGACGCUGAAGGAUGCCGCCCAGAAGGCUCUGUACGAGAAGUGCGUCGCCUAAACGGACACUAUUUCCGGGAUGAUAUGCAGGAGGUUUAGACGAAGUCGGAACAAAAAAUCCGCUCCUUGCUACACCGUACUCUCGUUAGAUCGGAAGGAAGACAACUACUACGAGUGAGAGUGACAUUGAAAACGUGGACCAUGUGAUGUUUGUGCGAUGAAAACUAAAU